GUAUUUGGCAACUCCACUUCUUUCCUUCUUAGUCAUGGUGUAGACCCGUAACAGAAAAUUGUGAGGCUACCGUCGACUUGCAAGGCGAGCAGAUUCCGUAUCUGAAGAAGGCGUGUGAUGGGUUAAAGGCACCAAUUGAAAAGCUAAUGCAAAAGGAUCCCCCAGACUUCAUUCUAUUUGAUAUCAUCCAGAGUUGGAUCCCUGAAACUGCCGCUAAAUUUGGUGUGCCUUGUGCCCUUUUCAGUGCGUUUUCUACUUGUACAUUAGCCUUCGUAGGGCCACCUGCUGAGCUGAUUUCACUCAACCAACGAACAAAACCUGAAGAUUUCACGGUGCCACCAAAAUGGAUUCCUUUCCCUUCUCUUGUCUCCUACAGGCCUGAUCAGGCGGCAGAAUAUUUCCAACACGUUUACUCCCCUGACAUAACUGGCCUGACAAACGGCCAACGCUUCGCAACAACUCUGGAAGGCUGCGACUUUGUUGCAGUAAGAAGCUGCCGGGAGUUCGAAAGAGCAUAUCUGAAUCUCCUUGAAGAAAUCUUACGGAAGCCAGUUUUGCCUGUCGGAUUACUUCCUCCAAGGUCUGUGAAGAACAGUCAUGUCGACCACCAGUUUUCUGCUACUUUCAACUGGCUGGACAAACAGAGACCGAAGUCUCUGGUUUUUGUCGGAUUCGGCACUGAGUACAAAAUGCCGGUUGAACGAGUCCAUGAAUUGGCAUACGGGCUUGAACUCUCUAAUCUUCCUUUUCUAUGGAUUCUCAGAAAUCCCGAUGGUCUAAGUAGCUCAGAACUAUUGCCUGGUGGGUUUUUGGAUAGAAUCUAUGAGAAAGGCAUGGUUUCUCUUGGUUGGGCUCCACAGGUGAAAAUUCUGGCUCACCCUGCAAUUGGAGGGUGUCUCUUCCAUGCCGGGUGGGGUUCUAUUAUCGAGUCGCUUGGUUUUGGACACCCACAAAUUCUGAUGCCCAUGAUGGCGGACCAGAAUCUGAAUGCUAAGCUAUUAGUCGAGAAGGGUAUUGGCCUUGAGGUUCAGAUGAACAAAGAUGGCUCGUUCGACCGAGAUGCCAUUGCCAAGUCCACGAGGCAGGUGAUGGUAGACGCAGAAGGAGAGGCACUAAGACUGAAGGCAGCUCAGAUUCAAGGAGUUUUUGCCAACCAGGACCUUCAUGAGAACUACGUAAACAAUCUCAUUCAAUUCAUGGCCUCUUACAAGAAAAAAGAAAAGGAUCAUCAAACGCCUAUAGAAGAUGCUAAGAAGUGAUGAAUAAAAGAGAAUUAAUGGUUGUUGUACAACUCUUGUAUAACUUCAUUAACUUUUUCAAACUAACCAUUAAAUCUGUUUUAGAUGUGUUAUUUGCAUAUCACCUUGGCAUACAUCAAGUUUACGCCAAAGUAUUGUACAAGAAUCAUUAGCCAGAUCUGAUUUCCUACAUAUGGUCCUACAUAUCCAAUGGUUGAUUUUUAAAAAGUUGUUGGAGUUGUACAAAAAUUGUAAACGUAUUAUAUCUCUUAUCCUUUACUCUUGUGAAUGUGUUAUGUUCGAUCAAUAAA